UCCCUCUUAUUCACGUGAAUAUAAAUAGGUUACAAUAUUUACACUUGACAACCUCUCAAAUACAAAUAAUACAAUCUAUCACAAUAUAUAUUAUAUAAUCGGCUAGUCUAAUACUGACAGCUUCUGAAAGCUUCAAGGAUGUACAUCAGCUUGAAUCAAAUGGUGUGAAAGGAAAUGAUUUGUUAUUAUUUAGCUUUUCCUCUAUCAUGGCUGCCACAAAUGAUUUUUCAUUUCAAAAUAAGCUGGGACAAGGUGGUUUUGGUCCUGUUUACAAGGGAAAACUAAGUGAUGGGCGACAAAUUGCAAUCAAAAGGCUUUCAAGAACAUUAAGUCAAGGGCUUGUGGAAUUCAAGAAUGAACUAGUACUCAUAGCUAAACUCCAGCAUACAAAUCUUGUUCGGGUUCUUGGUUGUUGUAUUCAUGGAGAAAAAAAGAUGUUAAUAUAUGAAUAUAUGCCCAACAAAAGUUUAGAUUUCUUCGUAUUUGAUGAAAACAGAAAGACAGUUGGAUUGGCCUAA